AUGGCGAGCAAAGCUCCAGACCUACCUAGGGUAUCAUUGAUCUAUGAUCUAAUCUUGAUGAUUCUGAAUACCCUGGUGGAGCUCUUUUUUAGAGCAAUAGAGGUUCGCGGAAGAUGGAAAAUACCACGCAAAGGCGGUGUCAUACUGGUCGCAGCGCCGCAUGCAAAUCAGAUCAUGCGAAACAUGAACCGGCAGGUCUCUUGGCUGAUGGCCGAGAAAUCAUUCGAACGGAAGUUUGUUGGCGAAAUUGCCAGAAAACUUGGCACUGUUCCUGUUGCCAGGACCAUGGAUAGAGCUAAGCCUGGAAAGGGCUCUGUUUACCUGCCUGAUCCGAUUGAGAAUCCUUUGCUUUUACGCGGCAUUGGAACUGAUUUUACCGGACCAGAUUUUGCCGUUGGGUCAACGAUUUACUUACCAGCUAUCAAUGGACAAUCUGAGCGGCUAGAUAUUGCAGACAUCCGGGGUCCUGAAGAGGUUAUUCUGAAGAAAGCACCGAGCUCCGCAGAUGCCCUUUACCAGCUCACGGGAGAGCAUAAUGUUUUUGGGCUUGAAUCGAACGUUGAUUGCAAAAAGGGAUAUCCUAGCUUUGCAGGUUCCAGAUACAAGGUUGCACCCCAUAUGGAUCAAAGUCAUGUUUACCAGGCUGUCUUCGAUAGACUAAACCAGGGCGGCUGCGUUGGCAUUUUCCCUGAGGGUGGUAGUCAUGAUCGGCCAGACCUUCUGCCACUGAAAGCGGGUAUAGCUAUAAUGGCACUCGGUGCAAGAGCCAAUAAUGCCGAUGUCCAAGUGAUUCCUGUUGGGCUCAAUUACUUUCGCGCGCAUAAAUUUCGAUCUAGAGCUGUCAUAGAAUUUGGUGACCCGGUCGAAAUCCCAGAAAAGCUUGUUGAGAUGUACAGGAAGGGAAGGCGACGCGAGGCUAUAGGGGAGGUGUUAAAUGAUGUUUACAAAUCACUCAUCUCUGUCACGUUGAAUUGUGCUGACUAUGAAACAUUGAUGGUCAUCCAGUCUGCGAGACGUUUAUACGCUGCAAGAAAUCCGAAAAUCUCGCUGUCUCAGGUUAUCGAAAUCAAUAGGAGGUUGCUCAAGGGCUACAAUGAACACCAAGGCGACCCAAGGAUAAUGAGACUUUUCACUGCCAUUGAUCAGUACAAUCGACGGCUACGGCAAUUGGGAAUUCGCGAUCAUCAAGUCGAAACUGCUCGGCUUUCUGCAUCCAGAGUUCUUUCCACUCUUCUCUAUCGCUUUGGACUCCUCGUCGUUUUGAGCGUAGGGACAUUACCUGGACUCGUUCUCUUUGCACCCGUUUUUGUUGCCUCGAAGAUCAUCUCAGACAAGAAAUCCAAAGAGGCGCUCGCCGCGUCAAGUGUCAAGCUACGAGGACGCGAUGUUAUGGCCACUUGGAAGCUUCUCGUUGCACUUGCUUUUGCGCCUCUUCUAUAUACAGUCUAUUCAUUGCUUCUUGCCUACUGGACUUCUCGAAAUCGCAUCCAGGGCUAUAUCCCCGAUGAUGUGCCAAUUUGGCGAAUUAUUUUUCUCGGAUUCAUUAUUUUCCCAGCAAUCAGCUUUGCUGCUUUACGCAUCGGAGAAGUUGGCAUGGACAUUCUCAAAUCCAUGCGGCCAUUGAUUCUGUGUCUAGUUCCGACAUCGGCCAGUACAUUGGGAGAGCUCCAGGAACAAAGGGAACAUUUGUCAAAGGAGGUCACAGAUCUAAUCAAUACUUUUGGUCCCAGCAUGUUCCCUGACUGUAUGGCGACCCAGGCCAAGAUUGCACAGCAACUGAAAUCUCAGAUCGCUAGCAUGGCUCUAGACCCAGAUGACUCCUUUGAUCAUUUUUGGAUUCAUCAUUGA